UUCAACUCUCAGUAUCGUUUACGGUAUUUAAAAAAAAAAAAAAAAAAUCCCGGGAAAAUCAUCAAGAAAAUCGAGUUUAGGGUUUAGGGUUUCAUAUUAAUCGAAUCGAAAAUGUCUCAGACUGGAAAAGUGAUGCCGAAUCUCGAUCAACAGAGCACGAAGAUGCUCAAUCUCACUGUUCUCCAGCGAAUCGAUCCUUUCAUAGAAGAGAUUUUGAUCACUGCCGCUCACGUCACCUUCUACGAAUUCAACAUCGACAGUAAUCAAUGGAGUCGAAAAGAUGUUGAAGGAUCUCUCUUUGUUGUUAAGAGGAAUACGCAACCUCGGUUCCAGUUCAUUGUAAUGAAUCGGCGUAACACAGAUAAUUUAGUGGAGAAUCUGCUGGGAGAUUUUGAGUACGAGGUUCAAGUUCCAUAUUUGUUGUAUCGAAAUGCAGCACAAGAAGUUAAUGGCAUUUGGUUCUAUAAUCCGCGUGAAUGUGAGGAUGUUGCAAACCUCUUUAGUAGAAUACUUAAUGCAUUUUCAAAAGUUCCUGCAAAGCCAAAAGUAUCUUCAAGCAAAAGUGAAUUUGAGGAACUAGAAGCAGUUCCUAGCAUGUCUGUAAUAGAAGGCCCCUUGGAGCCACCAGCAACUGUCUCUCCUGCCACUGAUGCGCCUGAAGAUUUGUCAUUGGUUAACUUCUUUAGUGCUGCUAUGAAUCUUGGAACUAAUGCUCCCAAUGGUACAAAUUCAAUACAGCCUUACCAUCCUAUCUCAACCACCCCUGUGUCUUCUCAUGCACCACUUGCCGUCUCUGCUCCUGCACCAACUCUGUCAUUGUCAUCCCUUCCUCUUUCUUCUCCACCUUCACUUGAUUCGGUAAGUAGCAGUCACCGAGUAACCAAUCUUGUUAAGCCUUCUUCAUUUUUUUCACCCCCUACCUCAUCUUCAUCCUCAUUGAUGAUGCCACCUAUCUCUUCAUCAUCACCUACUGCUUCUGCUCUUCAUCCACCCCUCAACCUGCAACGACCUUAUGGCACUCCACUGCUUCAACCCUUUCCACCACCUAGCCCACCACCUGCAUCUCUCACUCCUGUUGUGCCACCUACUUUGCACAACGCACCUCUUAUUAGCAGGGAUAAAGUCCGUGAUGCUCUACUAAUGCUUGUUCAGGAUGAUCAAUUCAUUGACAUGUUCUACCAGGCAUUGCGAAAGAUGCAUCAUUCCUGAGCUCUAAAGUUGAUCCUCAAAACUUCAUUUCAACAUUCCAUGUGCACCAUGUACUUUUAUUUUCUUCAGUCAGGUAUCUUAACUUUGAUGCUUGAUUCAAUCUACCCUAAUUGUUAAUGGAGGACAAGGUGUGAAAUCAUAAUCUGGUAGCAUUCAAGCUUGUAUAGCUGGAGUUGAUGCAUAAAAUUAAAAUGUGACUCAAAGUUUGCUGAUGUGGCAAAAGGCUGUAGCCCACAUAAAAAUAAACCUAAACUUUCAACAUGCACAAAAAAAAAAAAACUGAAAUUUUAGGGCUGAGAGAAGAAUGAGAAAAUAAAAUUCUCCUUUGUUUCCUUUACCAAACAAGGCCACCAUUGCACCAUCCUUGUCAAACUUCAUCCUUGCUUUCUCCACUUAUCACCAUUUUGUCAAUGUUCAUCCUUGCUUUCUCCUCUUAUCACCAUUUUCUCUCUGUACCCGUUAGCUUGCUUUCAGGUGGGAGAGAUCCAUUGUCAUUGGUAUCUGGAGUGUGUUUUUCUCUUCACUUUCUGAAAUGUGCAUCGUAUUUGGGUGGUGGAUUGUGGCAGCUGUAGCGGAGGAUAAGGUGAAUAAUUACCGUGUUACUUUCAGUUCAGGAAUUUCAGUAAACCUUAUGGCAAGUGUUUUCGUGGACUCUAAUCUGCUAUGAUUUUAGUUGAUCGAAUCAGUUAUUGAAGAUUGAAUGCCUAGCUCAACAAAGUAAAAGUCUGAGGUGUGCAACGGACAUUGAAUAGAGUUUGAGGGUUAAUUUGGCGUUUAAUCUUAAAGCAGUAAUGGACUUCACCUUGCUAGAUUUCUUUGAUUGCUCAAUGAUUGUAAAAUUGAUUCUGUUUAUAGUAUGACCUUGGAAGCAUUGGAAGUUUGGUUGAACAUCAUUGUAUCCUUUCUUUGGUGGAGUGUAAUAGUAGGAAUAGAACUUUUCUUUUCUUCCCCAUAAAUGUUUAAUAUGUAUGAUAUAAGUUGCUUGGUUGUUUA